AAGCUGCUAUCACAAGACCAUUUCCCCCUUUGAUCGUAAUAACUGAAUUCGCCAAAAGAGGGCAUUAGAAACCAUUUAGCCAACUUAAUUGUGCAAUAAAAUAUCUGUUGAUCUGACGGAGUCACGGACACAUUCAAGAGUCGACUGACAACAAGACACUUACUUUCCCUCUCCUUUAAUCAGCAACGCGCACGGUAGGUCUAAAACAAAGAUGUAUAUUGCGAGAGGUCUACUUAUUCUUUCAUUUGGAUCCAUACUGAGGUUAACCUCCUGUUUCAGCGAUGGAAGCUCAUUGGCGGGUCAAUGUCAAGCAAUGAAUAUUAACCAUCCUGAUGGAAAUGAUAUUGAUAUACCAGCACAAGACACGGAAUACCCUUUCAAGGUCGAACCAGAAAGUGUGAAAUUGAACGUCUCGGAAUCGAAUAUGCCCCCUAUUACCGUGACCCUUUCUGGUGGAUCGGGGUUUUCGGGGUUUAUGUUGGACUCUCGUAAUGAGAACAAUCUGCCUGUUGGUACGUUUAGUUUGGAGGACCCGCGCAACACCCAACUCAUCUGUGGUGGCAGUGUCGUUGUUCAUGUUAAUAAUGUAAAGAAAAACUCAAUCAGAGUGUUGUGGACACCCCCACCGGCAGCCCCAGGACUCAAGACUCAGACUCAAGAAUUUUUCUUCAGAGCUGCAGUUGUAGAAAACUAUUCUAAGUUUUGGCGAAGGAAGCCGAUAAUUGUAACGUCCACAACACCACCGCCCUCUGAAACAAGUGCAGGACUAACUACAAGCCCAACAAUAUUUCCAACAUAUUCAAAUGCCACAGGCACAUCCACAGCACCACCUCUCUCUAAAACCAGUACUACGGACCUAACUACAAGCACAACAAAAUUUGCAACAUCAACAUAUACAGAUUCUCAGUCUAAAGUUCCAUCAACAUUGCCUUCUCAGUGUGCCCUAUAUAUGAGAUGUGCUUUAGCGCUGUUAUUGUUCAGUCGCCUCUGUUUUCUUGGAGGCUCUUCACUCCUGAUUAUCAUUAGACCAGUUUCAACAAAAACGACGACCAUGAUUGCCUCUGUCCUUGAACUAGCAUCCAAAACUAUUGCUGUCAUCCUCGUACUAAUAAAAGCAAAUAAAUAUGAGUGUGUGUAUGAGUGUGCUGGUUUCAGGUUUACUGUUUUGACGGUGGCUGCCACGGUUUCAAGCCUGCUGCACACUAUCACUGUUCUCCUUGCCUGCGGACCAAGCCAUGAAUUAAGGAAGUGUUGGCUUUGUGCCACCGUAAUGGUUGAUCUAAUGAAUACUACCAUUACAACCACUGCAAUAUUUUUUGGAUUGUGGUGCUUUGAGUGCUGGCUGCCAAUAUUAAUGGGAGUUUACGUUGUUUGGGAGCUCAUGUUCUACCUUGGUUCAGUUUGCUAUGAACAAAUGGAAAAAUACCAGACAAGAAAAAGAGUCAGAAAAAAUCAGAAUCAUAUUUUGGAAAGGAGGAUAUCCCCAUGGGUGUUUAUGUUUAUAAUCUUUACAAUUAUUAAUGUAUCGUUGACAGCAGCACUUAUCACAGGAGUGUCAUUGGUCAGAAUGAUAAAUUGAGAGAACGUCUGUAGAUUUCCAGUUGGUAAAUUUGUAAUCUUGGUACUAUUGAAAGGCUGGGCAAAGUGGCAAAGUGAUUAAAAUAGCAACAUAUGCUCCCAGCCUUACACCUUUAUUUACACCUUUUUAUGAAUUUUUAUGAAUUAUGUUUCUGAGUUUGUCUGUUUUAGUAUUUUGCACUAACAUAUUUAUGCAAUUACAAUAAUACAAGGCUAAAUAGCAAAAUGAACAAAGGUCAUUUUCGAUAAUGUGUCAUGUUUCCUGAUGUUUUUCUCAUUCCAUCAACAUUAAAAAUUAAUUGCUUGGGUAAAA